AUGGCUGGAUUUUUAGGAUGUGAGUUUUUGGGAAAUAUAUUUUGAUCUACGGGCGCGAAAGUUCGAAUGUUCAAAAUUUUCCUUAUCACCACACCGGAAAAUUUCGUGUAAAAAAUGAUGAUGAUAAAAAUUGUUUUUUGGUUUUUUUGCGGUAAUUUUUUCCUCAGGAGCUAGCUAGAAAUUUUAAUCCUAUUUAUUUUUUCUGUCAUCAUGUGCUACUCUUUUUUUGCCACGAUAAGCCUAGAACGUUUUUUUCGCGCUUUUUUUGAUACCACGUGGAGUUUUUUUGAGAAAAGGCGCGAAAACAAACAAAACUGCCAUAUUUUAGACAAAAAACGGUCUUUUUUUGUUAUUUUUCGCUCGGUAAAUAAAUAGGCAGCUUCAAUGACGCAAAUUGAGAUUUUUUAAACUUUCCAGGCAAAAUCAAAUCAACCCUGAUUUCUCAAUGACUUUUUGGGCACCAAACAAUCAUUUCCGUAUCAUUUUUCGUAUGUGUGACCGCCAAAAAUACCUUUUAUUAAAUAUUAUAUAAGUGAAAAUGAUGAUGAUAACCUAACCUAACCUCCACACUCAUCAAUCAUUUUUGUGUCUUGAGAAAAACCAAAAAAUAGUGGCGGUUUCGGUUUUUCAAUUGCGCAUGACACGUGGCUGGCUAUUUUCAGGCUCCGCCCCAACUGUUUUUCUCUUUUGGCCACUAUAAAUAGUUGCGCGGCAACUCGAACAAUUUUCUUUUCUUUUCUUCUACUUCUCAGUUUUCUUGAAAAAUAUAUGGGGCGGGGGGAGCUUGUUUAGUAUUGAUUUUUUGUUAGUUUUUUUAGCCUUGGGCUGAGAGACAGAAGCUAUAUGCACUUUUGCAUCAUUUUUUAUUCAUUUCUCAUAGAAAGACGUGGAUUUUUCAUGAUUUUGUGGGUCAUCGGAUGAUUUUUCUCGGAAAAUAAGUGAUAACUCGCGCCGGAACCUUAAAAUUCAUGAUUGUUUGGGUCUUUACACGAUUUCCAGUCGAAUUUCGCCAUUAAAUUCACAAAUUCUUCAUUUUAUAUUUUGUUUUCUCCUCAAAACCAUAAAUAAAAACAAGUUUUUAUUUGCACUUCCUGUUUUUUUUCAUCACGUUAAAAAUUAAGAAUGAGAAAUUCUUCACUAUUUUAAUCGACCACCGGAAAUCAACACACCCACAAUUUAAAUUUUCAGACGUAUUUUCGCAUUUUCAAUCGACUGCAAAUACCACAAAAAUGGCCGGUCAAACAAAUGGACUCGAAAAACGCAACAAAUAUUUAGAAAAUUCGAAAGAGGACUUUUUAUAUCAUUUUGGUUUCGGAGUUGCUACUUUGGAUUUACCUAAAGUUUUUGGAGACACAAAGGUUGGUUGAAAAAAAGAAAAAAAAAGAAAAUAUUUUCUCUGUCUGCAAUUGCGCGUCAAAUUCUGUGCUUGCACAUGUUUUGGAGUUGUGCGCCUUUGAAGAAAAUACUGUACUUCCUAGAAAAUUCAUUUUUUCGCCCAAAAUCGCGUGUUUUUUGCAGUUUGUAUGCACUGGCGGUUCUCCAGGUCGUUUCAAAUUGUAUGCCGAAUGGUUUGCCAAAGAAUGCAACAUCCCAUGCAGCGAGAAUUUGUCGAAAUCCGACAGAUUUGUCAUCUACAAAACUGGACCAGUUUGUUGGAUUAAUGUAAGUAUUUUAAAGGAAUAAGGGCAUGGCUCUCUUGGCUGUUUCAACAAAAAUUUGAAGAGGAUCGAUUUGAGAUCGAGAGAAUGAAAAAAACCUAGAAAUUUCCAACCAAAAUGUUUAAUUUUUCAGCAUGGAAUGGGAACUCCAUCAUUAAGUAUAAUGUUAAUCGAAGCGCUGAAAUUGAUGCAUCACGCAAAAGCUGAAAAUGUGACAUUUAUUCGACUCGGAACAUCUGGCGGUGUUGGAGUCGAACCUGGAACUGUUGUUGUAACAACUGAAGCAAUGAAUGCUGAAUUAUCUGAUAAACAUAUUCAAGUUAUUGCUGGAAAACGGGUGAGAAAAAGAUUUUUGGCUGAAAAUCAUUCAAAAAUCUUGAAUUGUAUAAAUUUUCUAGUUUUGAACCAAACUAGAAUUUUUGCUCACAUGAUUUUGAUUUGAAUAUAAUUUUUUCGUUCUUUGAACUAUAAUUUUGAAUGGGAAUCUUUUUUUAUUAGAAAAACUUGGAAGAAAUUUGAAAAAUCUAAACAUUUUUUAGAUUCGAAAUUCGAGGGGAAUUUUUCUUAUAAAAAAACCUAAUUUUGGUGCCAAGAAGCCACGGUGCAUUUUUUUCUUGCGAAAUUCGAAUUUUUCCCUUUUUUCAGAUUGAACGCCCAACUCAACUCGACGAAAAUCUGCGUCUCGAAUUAUGCGAACUCGCCGCCCUCAAAAACAUUCCCGUUGUAACCGGCAAAACAAUGUGCGCCGAUGAUUUUUAUGAGGGACAAAUGCGUUUGGACGGAUAUUUUUGCGAUUAUAAAGAGGAGGAUAAAUUCGCGUUUUUGGAAAAAUUGUACAAUUUGGGAGUGCGGAAUAUUGAAAUGGAAUCGACGUGUUUUGCCAGUUUUACACAUCGUGCUGGACACAGAUGUAGGCAAUUUUUGGGCUGGGCUGAGAUUUGGAGAAUUUAGGACUAGAAAAGGGUUUUCGAAUUUAAUGGCCUAGAAACCCAAAUUCUUUUGAGCUCUAAAGCAACAUUUGGAUUUCUUGGUUUUCUGGGUCACGAUCAAAUUCAGAAGUUUUUUCAUAUUUUUUAUUCAAAAUCGAAUUUUUUACUGAAAACUCAAAAAUCCUAAUUCCCCAAAAAUUGCUGUUUUUUUUUGCAGCCGCCAUUGUUUGUGUAACCCUUUUGAAUCGAAUGAACGGCGAUCAAGUGAAAAUCGAAAAAGAAAAAUAUGUGGAAUAUGAAGAAAGACCAUUUAGAUUGGUAACUGCUUUGAUAAGAAAACAACUCGCAAUUUGA